CUGUUGUUGUGGCGUCUGCCCUUUUCGCUCACUCUCUCUCCGUGUAUUGCUGUUGCGUGCCGCCUCCCCUUUUCUCUGUCUUCCUCAACCACCCCCUUUCUCUCUGUCUCCCUCUUCCUUACACCUCCAGUCUGCUUCUGUUGUCUCGGCGGAUUGUUGGACUGUGGGAGAGAAAGGAUAUCGCGAGUACUGGAGUUUUGGUGAGAGUUUGUGGAAGAUGGCGCCUGUUGUGACAGGAACAUGUUUUGAAGAGGAACAAAUAGCAGGAACAACAUCCCCCUUCCCCAUCAGCAACACUGAAACCAGACUGCCGUCUUAAGCUGACAGACUCAUUGCUGAACUGCACACAUACGCAUAAGCGUGCUUCGGUCUCUACAUUUGGUUUGGUUUGCCAAGGAUCAUCUCUCAGCAUGUGGGCUAAAGGAAGUUUGGGGAGCGCCCUCAGCCACAGCGCCUAACAAGAGAAGCGAUGAGGAAUUACCUGAAGGAGCGAGGCGACCAAACUGUCAUGAUCCUGCACGCAAAAGUUGCACAGAAAUCCUACGGCAAUGAGAAAAGGUUCUUCUGCCCUCCUCCCUGUGUGUACCUGAUGGGCAGCGGCUGGAAGAAAAAGAAGGAGCAGAUGGAGCGAGACGGCUGCUCCGACCAGGAGUCGCAGCCUUGUGCCUUCAUUGGCAUCGGCAACAGCGACCAAGAAAUGCAACAGCUCAACUUAGAGGGAAAGAAUUAUUGCACAGCCAAAACCUUGUACAUAUCUGACUCCGACAAGAGAAAGCACUUCAUGUUAUCUGUCAAGAUGUUCUACGGUAACAGCGCAGACAUCGGCGUCUUCCUCAGCAAGAGGAUCAAAGUCAUCUCCAAGCCCUCCAAAAAGAAGCAGUCCCUUAAAAACGCUGACUUGUGCAUUGCAUCAGGGACCAAGGUGGCACUGUUCAACCGACUGCGCUCCCAAACAGUCAGCACACGCUAUCUACACGUGGAGGGCGGCAACUUCCACGCCAGCUCCCAGCAGUGGGGCGCGUUUUACAUCCACCUGUUGGAUGAUGAGGAGUCAGAAGGAGAAGAGUUCACUGUGAGAGACGGUUACAUCCACUACGGUCAGACAGUCAAGCUGGUUUGCUCCGUCACCGGCAUGGCCCUGCCCAGACUGAUUAUCCGAAAGGUGGACAAGCAGACGGCACUACUGGACGCCGACGAUCCAGUCUCCCAGCUCCACAAGUGUGCCUUCUACCUGAAGGACACAGAGCGCAUGUACCUGUGCCUUUCCCAAGAAAGGAUCAUCCAGUUUCAAGCCACUCCAUGCCCAAAGGAACCAAACAAGGAGAUGAUCAACGAUGGCGCCUCCUGGACAAUCAUCAGCACAGACAAGGCAGAAUACACUUUUUACGAGGGCAUGGGCCCUGUUCACUCGCCUGUCACUCCCGUGCCUGUGGUAGAGAGCUUACAGUUAAACGGUGGAGGGGAUGUUGCCAUGCUGGAGCUGACGGGACAGAACUUCACUCCAAAUCUGCGGGUUUGGUUUGGAGAUGUUGAGGCUGAGACCAUGUACAGGUGUGCAGAGAGCAUGCUCUGCGUGGUGCCCGACAUCUCCGCCUUCCGCGAGGGCUGGCGCUGGGUGCGGCAGCCCGUCCAGGUGCCCGUCACGCUGGUGAGGAACGACGGUAUCAUCUACUCCACCACACUGACCUUCACCUACACGCCGGAGCCCGGACCGAGGCCUCACUGCAGCGCCGCCGGCGCCAUCCUGAGGGCCGGAAACUCCACUCUGCUCAGCAACAGCAGCCAGGAGGCCGGCUCCGGCGUCUACGGCCCCAACAGCACCUCCACCGGAGGAGUCACAUCCUCAUCCUCCACUGCCGCGGCUGUGGUGUCCUAACGCACACAAGGGAGGGGGCCCACUCUUUACAGUAUGCCUUGAGAGCAAGUAUACCAUAAGGUAUAUAAAGACUAUAGGAAAUAAACCGAACUGACUCACGCUAAAGUGCUGCGUUUUACUUUUGAAUACAAAGAAGCUGAGAUGGAAAAAAAAAAAAAAAAAAACCCGGCAGGACAAAGGAGCAAACGCAGGGGACAACUAAAGGAGUGACAUCAUAAAACAUGUCAACCAACAGGGAAAAAAGCAGCUCCUUAACACCCCCACCCUCUCCUGUGGUUACUUUAGGGACCUGCCUUUCCAGUCCUGGUGUUUGGAAUGAGUGAAGUUCCUGCAGGCUCAGAGCACCAGCACCUUCCUUCAGCUGUGAGAAACCACAACAACAAUACAUCCACCGUGGCCAAAAGAGGAAAAAGGUCUCAAAAUGAAAAUAUAUUUUAGCUCUGCCCUGCUUCCCUGAACCCUUCAUCCACUUGUUUUGUUUGUAUUCCUUUUGUUUGUUAUCUUGCAUUAAGUUGCAGAAACCUUACGGGGACUGGAUGUAUUGUUGUUGAAGGGAGCGCAAGGAUGCAGAGGGACACACAUAAAACGUGACGAUAACAUAGUUUUUAUGGACCAAGGAUCUUGUAUAAGCUUUAGUAAAGGUACAUUUUUCUCCAUACCUUUUUUGUAUUAAACAUAUAGUACACUUUUGUUACCAAAUAGUUUCUAUUCUUCCUCUGAGCUUGGGCUUUUUUUUUUUUUUCCCCCCCGUUUGAGGUCCAAAAUCCCAACCUGUAUGUUUUGACCUUACUACAAAAACGCCUGCUUUUCAGUCUGUGGAUUGAAUUUUUGUUUUGAUACUCUUGUGUCUUCUUUUGGGGGGAAAUCUGAAGUUUGGGUUGGGUAUUUGCAUAAGCAAAGUUUUCUUUUUUGUUUUUUUGUUUUUUUUUUAAUUGGGGAAAAACCUCAGAGGGCCUAUUUUUUAUCAUUGGUUUUAUGAAGUCUUUAAAGAGAAAAGCUUUAAGCAACGCCUCUGCCUUGCCUGCAAUACUUAAUGUGCUCUACGUCUCCUGGAAAGUAUACACGUCAGUACAUCUCACAUGGAGCCCUAGAAACAUUUGCAGAAUCAUGACAACAACUUAAAUAGUCUUUCAUGGUUACAAAAACAAGUCUGUUUGCUGUUUUCAGAUUCAUGUAAUAAGCGUAGUCAUUGACUUAAACGGAUAGCCUUAGUACUGUAUAUUCUUACUGUGUACACAGUUAGACCGGUCACAUAUCUAAUGUCCUCUUUAUCUGUUGCUCACUGCUAACUUAUCAAACCAUGUUGUGAAACUUCCAUCAAACCGCACCUAGCGAGGUGUCUUCCAGUGUGUGCUCUAGUUCUGGUGGCAUUUAUAUCUGAUGGUUUUCCAAAAAACAAAACAUUUAAGAAAAGAUGUGGCCUUACUGAUAACUUCAAUUGCAUAAAAAAAGAAAAAAGAAAAAACACUUUUUUUCCUAUCUGCUGUUUACUCAUGUUGGAAGAACCUGUGCAUAGCACAAAAGCAAGCUGAUGCCUCGCUUCUUAUCACAGGAGCUCUGCUGUCUUGAGCUCAUUGCUGCGACUCUUAAGACCACCUUUUCACGCAAAGCAGCCUUCCGAAGGGUCUCCCAGCCUUCGUUCUUGGAGUACAAGUACAAACCCCUGUUUAUUUUAUUUUUUUUUUUUUUAACUCGUGUGGUGCUCGGCACCCUUUUUACUGUUGGUACAAUGUGUCACGAGCGCUGUAAGCUCCGUUCAGCCUUGUUUUCUUUCAGAUAUCCUGUGGUUUGACUCUGCAGAACAAGCGUGUAUACAUGUGAACUCACUGUCUGACUAGUUGCACUUAUACACGUUCAUGGCGACUGCGUCUCCUGUGGGAGCAUAAAGGCCUUUUAAAUGUGUGUUAUUGAUUGAAUAUGUGCAUUUCCAAACAUUACAGCAAUAUUGUACAGGUCAUUUUCAUCUUCUCCCUUUUUUUUUUUUUUUUUUUUCUUCUUUUCUUUUUGGGUCAGCCUGAGCACUAGUUCACCAGCCAGCCAAUGCAUAUGUGUUGUGUGUGUCUUUCAUAUAUUGUCGCUGUGAUGGAAAAUAGAGUCAGACUCGCUCCAUUUCAAAGUGUUCCAACUCCAAGAAAAAAAAAAGUAUUGGGUUUUUUUCCGUCUUCCAUCGGGAUCCAGAUGUCUGCUAACUGUGGGGAAAUAUUCAUUCAAAGGCAAUACUUGUGAUUUUACAGUACAACUGUAUACACACUGGGGGGGGAUAAAUAACAAUACUGUAACUUGAAUGUCUGCUUGAUGAAGUGUUUCAGCAUUUUGUUACACCUUGGAAUAGGAACAGAAAAGGAUUCGCAGCCCCAUCAAAUGUAAAAAAUGAAAGAUUUAAGUUAUGCCCUCAUUUUUGCCAUCCUUUGCCCACCUGUUUUGUCAUUAAUGUUAAAUAUUUUAUAUUGUAAUAUUGAUAUUUUUUAAAUUAUUGGUACAGAGUCUCCCCUGUCUUAUGUCCAAAAAGAGAAAAAAAGAAGAUAAAAGUGCAUUAUUGCCCAUGCUGCCUAUGUUGGCUUGGACUUAAAGGUGCUGCUGCACCAGUGUAGCAUCAAAACCCGAGUAGUGGCGCCUCUUCACACCCCGCAGGUCAGCCUGAACCCUUUACUCUGCAGGACGAAGGUCAAAUCACAACUGUAGAUUUUUAACGUGAAUCUUUUUCUAUACGUCUUUUAAAAUCUGCGAGUUUUUAAGCAGAGCCUCUGCAUUAGUGUCACCUGCUCUCUCGCCGCCUUCUCCUUCCUGUCAAGUUUGGAUAUUUUUGGGAAUUUUUGUUUACAUGUCGCCUCUUUUAAGCUAACCACCCCUGGCUCUUCGUCAUCUCCUGCGAGUCCAAACAGAGCAGCUGUUGUCACAUUCACUCAAAGUUCAUAAAAGCGGCGAUGCAUGCAUGUCCCAAAUGUGUCGCUUGGACAAUCGGAGCUGGUUUUAUAAUUUAGUUUUUUUCUUUCUUCUUCCUCCCCACCUCUUAGAACGUGCAGAUUUAAGGAAUCAGGAGGGGUACAAGAAGACAUGAAGGGGGGGAUGAGCUUAAAAAAAAGUUACAGGCCUUCCUACACUGCACAUUGGAUUAAUGUUAACCCAGCGACGAAGCUUUCAGAGAGAACAAAAAAAAAAAAUCAUUUCAUAAACAUUCGCCUUUUCCUCUGUGUCUGGUCAUGUUUCUUUGUUUUUACACCUCCAAAAAGCAGCUGUUGUGUAUGUGUUUUUAUGAGCUCUGAACAAUGUAUGUAUCCUCUAAUAUGCCAAAUGUCUUUUAUAAUGUAGUUUUCAUGCACUGCUAAAACAAAACGGGGCCGAGUGAGAGGCAGCUUUAAACAAAUGUUAAAAAAAAAAAAAAUAAGAGUGUGGAGCUCUUCUGUCGCACUCAGCCUUACUUCUCCUUAAGACUAUUUGGCUGUUUGCACUGCAGAGCGCUAACCUUUCUAUUUUCUCACACAUUUCAUCUUUCAUUGCUCAUGUUUUUCUAUGUACAUUAAGACUACGCACCCCCCCCCCCUUUUUUUUAUAACAUUCUGUUAAUGCUUAGCUUUGCUACAGUUGAACAACUUUUUCUUUUGUUCUCAUCUCCACUCUAUUUCUCUUCUUCACGUCCUUCCACUAUCUUUAACUUAUCUCACUGUAUCUGUGUAUUAUUCUAGUAAAUGGUAAACAGAGGUGUCAUUGUGGUAGUAUACUCAGUGCUCAAAGGGUUGCUGAUGGUAGAAACCUGUGCCGUUUGUAACAUUUAGCAAUAAUGUCAAAACAAA